GCCAAGUACUUCCGCCAGUCUCGUGUGGUUUUCUCCUCCGUCAUUAACGUACGGGGCUCCGGUCCGGUAUCAGACCAGCAACAGCAGCUGAGAAACGUUUGAGAAAUGUGUCACCCGUGUGCAGAGGUGGCGAGAGACACCAGAUUUAAUAAAACAGUUACAGAAAUGGCCGGACACAGCCCCCCCAAUUCCGACGUCUGAAAGGUGUGGGGGGUCGUCUAUCUGACAAGCACUUCUGAUGAAGCCUACUGCCAGCAUAAGAGUCAACCGCCAGAUAAACCAUCAUGAUUCCCAUCACAGAGCUCCGGUACUUUGCUGACACCCAGCCAGCAUACCGUAUCCUGAAGCCAUGGUGGGACGUUUUCACCGACUACAUCUCAAUCGUCAUGCUGAUGAUUGCGGUGUUCGGUGGUACACUGCAGGUCACACAGGACAAGAUGAUCUGCCUGCCUUGCAAGUGGGUGGUCAACAAGUCAUGCGAGACCAUGCCUGUCCCAAAUGUGACCACCAUCCAUGCACCGGAACCCAAAGGCAUUCAGUAUGAUCUUGACCGUCAUCAGUAUAACUAUGUCGAUGCUGUGUGCUAUGAGAACAAACUACACUGGUUUGCCAAAUAUUUCCCCUAUCUGGUGCUACUCCACACCCUUAUCUUCCUGGCCUGCAGCAACUUCUGGUUCAAGUUCCCCCGCACAAGCUCUAAACUGGAACACUUUGUCUCCAUCCUCCUCAAGUGCUUUGACUCCCCGUGGACAACAAGGGCUUUGUCUGAGACCGUGGUGGAGGAGAGCGACCCCAAGCCUCUGGGAAAAAUGAACGGUUCGAUGGACAAGAAGGCCUCAUGUGUGAGCGAGGAUGUUGAGGCUAGUGUGCCCAUGCUUCAACGAACAACGAAGUCCAGAAUUGAACAAGGAAUUGUUGAUCGCUCUGAAACUGGGGUUUUAGAUAAAAAGGAAGGGGAGCAGGCCAAGGCUCUUUUUGAGAAGGUGAAGAAGUUCAGGAUUCAUGUAGAGGAGGGUGAUAUAGUGUACAGUCUUUACAUACGUCAGACCAUCAUCAAAGUAAUCAAGUUUAUACUGAUAAUUAGCUACACAGCCUACUAUGUACGCUACAUCAGGUUCAGUGUAGUGUGCUCAGUAAACAUUCAGAAAUUAACAGGCUACAGCACGUACUAUUGUGCUCACCCAUUAGCAACUCUUUUCAAGAUUUUGGCCUGUUUUUACAUAAGCUUGGUGGUGGUUUAUGGUCUUAUCUGCAUGUACACUCUUUGUUGGAUGCUCAGCCGCUCCCUCAAACGAUACUCCUUUGAAUCAAUCCGCGAGGAAAGCAGCUAUAGUGACAUCCCUGACUUGAAGAACGACUUUGCCUUCAUGUUACACAUGAUAGAUCAGUAUGACCCUCUCUACUCCAAGCGCUUUGCUGUAUUUCUGUCAGAGGUGAGCGAGAACAAGCUGAGGCAGCUGAACCUGAACAACGAGUGGACGUUGGAGAAGCUGAGGCAGCGCAUCACCAAGAACUCCCAGGAUAAGCUGGAGCUGCAUCUGUUCAUGCUCAGUGGGAUCCCAGACACGGUGUUUGAUCUGAUUGAGCUGGAAGUGCUCAAGCUGGAGCUUAUCCCCGAUGUAACUAUCCCACCAAUCAUCGCCCAGCUUUCCAAUCUGAGGGAGAUGUGGCUCUAUCACACACCAGCUAAGAUUGAGGCUCCAGCUCUUGCUUUCCUGAGAGAGAACCUGAAGUCUCUCCACAUCAAGUUCACAGACAUCAAGGAGAUCCCACUGUGGAUCUACAGCCUGAAGAACCUCAGUGAGCUGCACCUAACCGGGAACCUGAGUGCUGAGAACAAUCGUUACAUCGUCAUCGAUGGGCUUCGGGAGCUCAAAAGGCUCAAAGUGCUACGUCUGAAAAGCAACCUGACCAAGCUGCCGCAGGUGGUGACGGAUGUGGGCGUGCACCUCCAGAAGCUCUCCAUCAAUAACGAGGGUACCAAGCUGAUGGUGCUCAACAGCCUGAAGAAAAUGGUCAACCUGACAGAGCUUGAGCUUGUUCGCUGCGAUCUCGAACGCAUUCCACACUCCAUCUUUAGUUUGCACAACCUGCAGGAGAUUGACCUGAAAGACAACAAUCUGAAGACAAUAGAGGAGAUCAUCAGCUUCCAGCACCUGCACCGGCUCGUGUGCUUGAAGCUGUGGUACAACCAGAUCGCAUACAUCCCCAUUCAGAUCGGAACACUUACCAACCUGGAGAGGCUGUAUCUAAACAGGAACAAGAUAGAGAAAAUCCCCAGCCAGCUUUUCUUCUGCCGCAAGCUGCGCUUCUUAGACCUAAGUCACAACAAUCUGAUCAGCAUUCACGCUGAUGUAGGCUUCCUCCAGAAUCUGCAGUACUUCGCUGUGACAGCCAACAGGAUCGAGACUUUGCCCCCAGAGCUGUUCAAGUGCAAGAAGCUGCGUACUCUGAAUCUGGGAAACAACUGCCUGCAGACGCUGCCAUCGCGCUUUGGAGAGCUCACCGGGUUGACCCAGCUGGAGCUGAGAGGGAACCGUCUGGAGUGUCUCCCAGUGGAGCUCGGUGAGUGUCGGCUCUUGAAGAGGAGCAGUCUGGUGGUGGAGGAGGACCUGUUCAACACGCUGCCAACGGAAGUCAAAGAGCAGCUUUGGAGGGCUGAUAAGGAGCAAGCUUGAACCAAAGUUUGAUUUGAGAAAUAAACAAGAUGAUUUUGUUCAUAAAGGCAGGCGAACCUUGAGGAGUUGGCAGCAGUGUUGGCCAUAUGGGCUCAGAAAAGUGAGCUUGUUUCGUUGGUGCUUGGGGCUUCGCUGGCAGGACCUGUAAAAGCAUGGAUGUCAAAUUUCAAGACCUCCAAGGAUGUCUUUUUGGAAAUCACUAGUUUCAUGGUCGCCAAGGAAAAAUCUCAUAACCAAGCUUGGUGAUGAUGAAAGGGGGUUCAGUAAUGUGGCUUUUCUGUAAUAUCAUCCUGAAUAAAAAGCUGCAAGGAUGCAAGCAGGUGAUGUUGAAUAUGCAUGCCACAGUAGGACCUUGCUAAAGAAAACCUGUUUAAUUAGAGAGAGCCAAACAUAAAAAAACAGGAAACACUUUGCACGAUUCAGCCUUGCCAGUGAGCUAAAUGUGCUGACUCUCACUUCUUUGCUGAUCAUGGGAUACAUGCACAAAUUGAACAUGCUCAAAGCAGUGUUUGCCUGACCUUCCUCUGGCCUUGAGACUCAGAAUUUUACUUUUUAAAUUUUUACAGUUACAUAUUCAGUUGCGGUGUACUGUGGCUCAGAAAACUGGCAGAAAAAUUAAUUAUAGUGCAACUGACAGCAUGUUGAGGCAAGAAGGUUUGGUCCUGUUGUUUUCUUCAGGCUCCUUGUACUCUCAACAUGCUUGGAGGCAUCUUUUUAUGUGAACAACAUGACUGUGAUGAAGAUCAACAGAUCAUCCCACAGCUUAAGCCUUAAUGCAGAGGACUGAUUAAACAACAUCAAAGAAAAGCUGUCAAAUAUUCACCGGAAACAAAUGGGAACAAACUCUACAGUACAAUGUCUAAAUACCCUGCAGUUGGUUAUUUAUAACGUCAGCCUGUGUGGCAGGAGAUUUCUGAGCUGUAUGGGAGCUGUGGUGGAGAAAUGCACCAUUCUACUCUUCAUUUUGCUUCACUAAACAUGUCUUAAUUAGGCAUGUGAAACAGGAUUUACCUUAUUUUGCAUGACUAAACAUCACAUGCAUUACUGGUGUGUCUGAUUAAGGUAUGUGAGAUUGAUUGUGAUUGGCCUCUUGAAACAAGGUCAAGAUAAUUUGGUACUUGUCAAAUGCUACCAUACAUUGGUAUGUUUGGGCCUGUGAAACCGGCUGUAUUGUGAUUCAAGUAAUAUGUACUCAAAAUCCAGUGAGUGACUGAAUGCCCAUUCUACACAGACAUUGAUUUAUUUUAAGCUUCUUAUGGAACCAGUAGUCAAAGAUCUUAAGUGACCUUUGUUCAGCUGAAGACUGAUAUAUUGUAUGUUGCUUCACUGACUAGAUUGCAAUGACACAAGGUGUCCCCCUCCUCUAACGUGAAGUUUGCUGUCUCUGUAUUAAAGUUACAGGGUCACAAACACUCAGAAAACCCCUGGUCACAGUUGAUUUCUUUGUCUUUAUUAAAUUAAAACAUAUGCAAGCAAUUAUGAGAUCUUAGGUGAUUAUUACCUAUAUGGCACCUCCAAGUGGAUGUUAGUCAGGAGCAUCUUAACUAGCUGCCAGGUGUACUGCCAGUCUCUAAAAGAAAAGUGUUGUUGGUGACUCAAGUGCCCAGCUGUUUGUAUGCUAGGCCUUCUAUUUAUAAUGCUCAGUUUACUCCAGGGAAAACUGUACAUUUGUCAGCGCAUUGUUUAUCCAUUCAAGAGCAAAAUGAGGACAAACAGGAAAUUACAGAGUGAAGGAAACUGGUUUUGACCGACCUACACAAGGGGAACAUUUAUUCGCCGAGAGAGUAUGCAGAAUAUGUGAUUUCCACAUCCAUGGUCCAAAUUAGUGCAACGUGCUUUGUCUGCUUGAAACACUUUUCUUGUUAAGACCUUGGAUUUAAUAGCAUAAUUUGGAGUAACCCUGCUAUGUUUGCUCCAGCCAGGCAUCUCGUUGCUAAUAUGGCCUUAUCUUUUACAAGCUGUAUGCCCUGUUAAUGAUCACAAACAUCACGUUCAUGUUCAUGUUUUUUCAUGUGUUGUAAAAUGUAUAGCUGAAAUGUUUAACGUCUUUUGUUUCAUACAUAUCGGUCAUAAGGUACGUGGUCUAAUUGUUACCAGCUGUUUCUUUUUGAUUUUAGCUUUUUAAGAGAUUUAAGGGAAGUUUCACUGUAAUAAUACAAUUGCACCUUUGUUCACAGUAAAUUUUGUUUCACUGAGGCCUUGGCUAAAUCCAAAUGCCCUUCGAGGGGUCAUUAGUAAAGUGCUCCUACACAGUCCUGUUCUGAAAGAAGAGCCUCAGUCUUAAAUGUGUUGACUAGCAACCAGUUUUAAAACUGGAAGCAAAGGUCACAGACAAAGAUGAGAGUAAAAAAGAACAGAUGACACCAGAGAAGGCAGUAAGUCAAAGGAAAUCUCAGCAUGUAUAACGUUUUUAAACAUAAAAAUUGUGUUAAGUGGCAUGUCCACUUUGUUAUGUUUGCUCUGGUUAAAUUUUUGUGGUGCCAAGUAACAGCUAAAACAAGUUUUUUCACUACAUUUUGUAGGAAGUGACCGUUGACCUGUUGGAUGCCAAUAAACAAAUGCAAAUAGGCAACUGCAAAGAAUAUAUAUCUUAUAGUGCAGUAGCUGGCCAUAGAUACAGGGACAAAUUGUAGGACAACGUCACUCCAAAGUAAAUUUGAUAGAGUAACAUGGUUCAUUAUAGUGGUGCAGUGCAGUUGCUGACGCUAAAAAUCUCCCUCCUGCAGUGCACCACAGUGUCAAAUUAGGAUGUUCAAACAAUGUCUGUUAUUAAGUGUGUUUUUGCCUUGACUUGGUGGUCAUGUCAUUAGAGUUUGGAUAGUCGCAGCUAAAUAUACUUUUUUCAUAAAAAAGUUCUGACGUUUUAUCUAACUCUAAAUUCAUUCUUGAUACAGCAGUUGUAGUCUAUAUUACUUUUGAAGUUCAAGUUCUCAGUGAUAUAUUCAUAUAUCUGGCCUUUCUCCAUUUCAGCUUUGUCAUGGUCAGUCUACGUCAGCAUCAUGACACAUCUGUAGUCAGCCAAAUGUUUCUAGGUCUCACUUUUUCCUGCUAACAUUACCAUUUAUAUCCACAAAUAUUUUGGCCAGGAAUCGCCUCAGUCAUUUUUUCUGACCUCCGGAGCUGUGACUACGGCCAUACAGUCCUCAACAGUCACUUCCCUCUGAGUCACAAGAUGAGCACAUUUAAUUUGAAGCCCCACUCCCUUUCCUGCACACCAGUGUUAGUGGUCUGAGAAGAGUCAGUCAGCCAUUUGUGGAGCACCAAAAGGAGGAAGUUUUAGUGACUAAUAUAAUUCCCCUUGGUUACGUGAAAACACUUAUGCCAGCGCUUAAAUUACUGUAAGAAGCGGCCGUUCUCAUCUAAACACGUUAAAUAACUUCAAUCAAUACAUUUUAAAGCUUUUUUUUUUUUCGUUCUGUGCAAAUACGCCAAAAUAGUUUUGUUUUUAACUUUUUUGUUCUCUCUCCUGAAUUUAUGUUAAAGUAUGAAAUAUAUAAAAUGUGCUUCUGUUUGUAUGUUAUGUAUGCCUUAAGUUGUGUGAAACCGCAUGAUUGAUCAGUUUAUUCUUACACAGAAUUAACUCAUUUGGAUCCACAGAGGGUUUUCUCAGCAGACAGUGAGUUUUCUGAUUUCUUUGGACACUUUGGCUCAUUUUCCCCAAAAGCAAAACAGCAUUUCAACUCUUGACAAUCUAACAUACUGUAAAUGGAGGUGAGCUCACCCUCCAGUGUGGGCAUUGUGUGUAACACUACACAUAAUCUGUUAAUAUCUGCAAUAUUUCUGAAGUGUGAACAUUUUUGGACGGUCACAUACCAUUUCACUUGAACCCAAAACUAACAUUAAUCAAAAAACCACCAUGCUUGCAUUGACAUCUAAUCUCUACCUAUGUAUAAAACUUUUUUUAAAAACAUGAUUGUAUUUACUAAGUACAAUUAAAUCAUCUCUGUAUUCUGGUGCCUGUAGAUCAGGGAUAUAUGAACAGUUUGUUGGUUUCCUUUUUUCAGGGUUCACAUCCAUUACAUCUUGCAGCAUAAGUUUGUUGAUGCUGAACUUAUGUGCAUUAUAGCCAUAUGGAAAGCCGCCCACUUAACCCCCUAGCAACAGUCAUUGUUGAAUAUAUGAAUAUAAACUGUAAACUGGAUGGACAGACUUGUUUUAAUCAGCACCGUCUGUGUUGUGACAAGGCCUUUAUUAAUGAAUUGUUGCCAAGUAGACUGAACACUGGCUUUUUAAGCAGGAUGUCUGUAACAAUGGACAACUGAACUUCGAUUUCCUAAUUUUUUGUACCAUUCUGACAUGAUAAUAAAAUAAACACUUAACACUAAA